AUGGCCAGCAGUUGGUUCAUCGUGAAGCUCAUGCAGCACAGUUUAACGCAAAUGAUUCGACACGACGGGAAAAAGCUCAGGGCCAUCUGGCUGGAGGCUACGAUGAUACAGCGUGCCACUCAGGAAGGCGCGUACGUGAGCAACACGUCGUUCAGGGCAGAUUCGAGACGGUCACCCCUCCACGCGAAUAUAGAAAUAACGCCGCCGCGGCUUGCGUUGCCAGUGCAUGCAUUGCCAACCUGUUCCUUCCUCUCUCUUCGACCUUUGUGCGUUCUUUUUUUUUUGCGUCAGGAAGAUGCUUUCAGCUUGGUGCGCCUAUUUGUCCUAUUUCUUGCGUGGUGUAUUGGAAAGACCGAGGGCCCGUGUAACGCGCGUUGUGCUCGACGAUCCAGCCUAAAUGCAGGUGCAGGGCCUGGUCUGAAGGGUCAACAGACACCUUCUGGUGUAGACCGGUCAACUUCAAGCAUAUUUGCUCAUGGACGUAACUGCAACUUUCACACUGCCAAGCGAACUGGAGAGAGCCUGUACAGAAUGCCAGCACCACCUCAUCUAGCUGUCGUAUCAACACCUCAUCAAGUACGAGGGGCAGAUCAUCCCGAGUAAACGCUGCGGUAAAGGCAGAGUCAGUGGAGUAGCUCAAAGGGUGAUCAGCCUUCUCAAAAUAAUUCCAAGAAUAAAUGCGCAAGUAUUCACAAAAGCUUUGGUUGCAUAUUUUGUGCAAUGCUACCCAUAUCUACUGACAGUGGCAUGGCGAUGCAGACUACAUUACAAUUCAUUAUGACACAAAAUACACUUGUUCUCAUGAGCCAAUAUCGACCAAGCAUUCAGAGCCUGCUGUCAGCUUACGAA